UAAAAAAAAAAAAAAAAAAAAAAAAGAUAAGUAGAAAAAUCCAUUUCAAAAAAGAAAUGCACUCUCCUAUAUUCUUCUUCAGCCACCUACUCUUUUCUCUUCGUCUGCCUCACCAAAUUCCAUGGCCAAAAAUCAACCAGAAUAAUUCCAUUCAUAUUCUGCAUCUUUCUUUUCUCUCUUUCUCUCUUCUUUUCUUCCUACCUAAAAAGCAUGAUUCCCUCUUAUUGCUUCUCUUCAACUAGAAACACUACCUCCUCACUAGCUUUUCUUCUCCAAAAUCAUCACUUAUUAUUACCAAAAUACCAUUCUUCUUCCUUAUCCCGUGAAACCCACCUUCUGAAAAAGGAAACCAGCUUUCUCAAGCCUCAAGCUCUCCCACCCAAGUUUUCUUUUCCGAUCUUGAGGCCGAAAAACUCGAACUUUACACACCCUUUUGCUAGUAUUUCCUCUUUUGCUGAAGCUGAAGGUGAGGAGAAACAGAAUGAAGCUAUCAAAGUUAACGAUGAGAAAACAGAGGAGGGCCAAAACGACUACUUGCCUGGAAUGGCUCAGUCUUUCCGCAUAUCAUCGAGAACUGCCUCUGCCAUUUCGAUAUUCAUAGCAUUUGCAGCUUUGAGUCUUCCUUUGUUCAUGUCGUCUUUGGGGCAGGGCUUGCCUUUGAAGACCAAAUUGUUGUCGUAUGCGACUCUGCUAUUUGGGUUUUACAUGGCUUGGAAUAUUGGAGCGAACGACGUGGCAAACGCCAUGGGAACUUCGGUUGGUUCUGGGGCAUUGACUCUACGGCAGGCCGUGUUGACAGCUGCAGUGUUGGAAUUCUCAGGGGCAAUGUUGAUGGGGACCCACGUGACCAGCACAAUGCAAAAGGGUAUUCUUGUUGCUAAUGUGUUUCAGGGAAACAAUAAUCUGCUUUUCGCUGGUUUGCUUUCUUCACUAGCUGCUGCUGGCACUUGGCUCCAGGUUGCUUCAUAUUAUGGAUGGCCAGUCUCUACAACACACUGCAUUGUAGGGUCAAUGGUUGGAUUUGGACUUGUCUAUGGGGGACCAGGUGCUGUCUUCUGGAGUUCACUGGCUAGGGUGAUUUCUUCAUGGGUGAUCUCACCAUUAAUGGGAGCAGCGGUGUCUUUUCUUGUAUACAAAUGUAUCCGUAGAUUUGUGUACAGUGCUCGAAAUCCUGGACAAGCUGCAGCUGCAGCUGCACCAAUCGCUGUAUUUUUGGGUGUAACUGGAAUCUCAUUUGCUGCUUUUCCCCUUAGCAAGACCCUCCCUUUGUCACUACUCCAAGCUCUAGCCUGUGGAACUGCUGGUGCAUUCCUUGUUGAUAGAAUUAUCCGAAAACAGCUAGGCCAUCUUCUUGACAAGUCUAAAUCAUCACAAGAUGAGCCAAAAGAUGACACCACCCUCCAAAACAAGUCGAUUGGGUUUCUCUCUGACAUAGCAGGUCCAAAAGGCACCCAAUUGGAACUAGUCUAUGGAGUCUUUGGAUACAUGCAAGUCCUCUCAGCCUGCUUUAUGUCAUUUGCUCACGGAGGAAACGAUGUCUCCAAUGCUAUAGGCCCCUUGGCUGCUGCAUUAUCUAUACUUCAAGGUGGUACGAGUGGAACUGAGAUUGUCAUUCCCGUUGAUGUUCUAGCAUGGGGAGGGUUCGGAAUAGUUGCAGGGCUAAUGAUGUGGGGGUAUAGAGUGAUAGCAACCAUCGGGAAGAAGAUCACCGAGCUCACACCAACAAGAGGAUUCGCAGCAGAGUUUGCUGCAGCCUCUGUGGUUCUAUUUGCUUCGAAACUGGGACUACCUAUCUCUGCAACACAUACUCUAGUGGGUGCUGUCAUGGGGGUGGGAUUUGCAAGGGGGCUAAACAGUGUUAGAGCAGAAACUGUGAGAGAGAUUGUUGUUUCUUGGGCAGUGACAAUUCCAGUUGGUGCUUUCUUUUCUGUUCUCUACACAUGGAUCUUGACCAAGCUUUUGUCUAAUGUUUUAUGACUAUAGAUUCAAGCAUUGAAGAGAUAAACAGUUUAUGUACCUUAGUGGUUGAUUAUGAAUACCGCAUUUUUUUCUGUCUUUUUUUUUUUUUUUUUUUUUUUUUUUUGGGGUUUUUUCACCACAAAUUGAUUUGUAGUAUAACUGUGAGUUUUCCAUGUUCAUGCGAUUUCCUGUAACUGGAAGUCACCAUGUAUUUGGUAUCCAAGAAAAUUAAUCAUGUUGUUUCUUUAA